AAAAAUGGGAAAGCCAAGAUUCGGCGGAAAAGAAAGAAGCGAAAACAUUGAAUCCCUUUUUUGUUUAUCUGGAUGCAGAUGCGUGCAACAUUCUCCUGCAAAGUGAUCUUGUCGGAGUACCUAAUAGUCAUUUUGUGGUUACCAAGAAGUUUUCUAAAAAGAAACUUAUUUUUUCCUUG